AUUUUUUAUUUUUACUGCGGCUCCCAUCAAAACAACUUGAUCCCUCCUCAUUCACAUGAUCACAUCUGUCCUCUCAGGACUCCGGACCCUUUCGUAACUUAAAAUAAUAUUCCCUCCAUCAUAUAAUCAGACGCUCCAUAUUCCACAUGAUCCAAAUCCCCAGCCGUCCGAUCCCCUCCUCUGAAACCCCGCCGUCGCCAUGAUCCCCCCAUCGAUAAGAUCCUCCCCUUAAUUUUAUUAAUUAAACUUUUAUUAUUAUUAUUAUAUUUCCAAUGCUGACGUGGCAGUCACACCAUUUGCGUUGUUCUGAUCUGCACUAUAAAAUUCCCACCUCGCUUUCGUUUCUGCGUCUUUCUUUGUUCUCUUCCUUCGUUCUUAGGCGGGGGGAUUUUGGUCAGGGUUUUUAGAUCUGGGCUUUGCAGAAAAGAUGGGCGAGAGUAGGAUGACUGGGAAGGUGAAAUGGUUCAGUGACCAAAAGGGGUUUGGCUUCAUAACCCCUGACGAGGGCGGCGAGGAUUUGUUUGUUCACCAGUCUUCGAUCCGUUCCGAGGGUUUUCGUAGCCUUGCUGAUGGUGAAGAGGUCGAGUUCGUUAUCGAGUCUUCUGAAGGUCGCACCAAGGCUGUUGAUGUUUCUGGCCCCAACGGUAACCCCGUUCGUGGCACCACCAGAUCCAGUCGCGGCGGCGGAGGUGGUUAUGGUGGUGGUGGGUCCGGGGGUUAUGGUGGCGGUGGUUACGGUGGUGGAGGAAGGAGAGGUGGGUAUGGUGGUGGCGGCGGCGGCUAUAGCGGAGGUGGCAGCGGCGGUUAUGGCGGAGGUGGCAGCGGCGGUGGAGGAUGUUUUAAGUGUGGAGAGAUGGGACAUAUGGCAAGGGAUUGCACACAGGGUGGCGGUGGUGGCGGAGGUAGAUAUGGUGGAGGCGGCGGUAGCGGCGGAAUGGCCUGCUACAACUGUGGAGGCGCUGGGCAUUUCGCCAGGGAUUGUCCAAAUAAUGGCCGUUGAGGUGGAGUGGGUGCAAUGUGUGUUUUUCACUUUUACCCUAACCGUUCCUUUCUUUUUCCCUUUCGGUACUAUUUCUGUCGGUUUCGUUUUAUCAGUAUGGUUGGCUGUUAU